AUGGCAUUCAAUUCAUCAGUUUUCAAUGAAGUGUGUGGAGGCGUUCUCAAGGAAUGUUAUAAAAAUAGCCGCAAACGAGAUUCCGAUGGGCAAUUUGUGAAAAGUUUAUGCCAGAUAGUAGAGCUCGUAUGGUAUUGGGCACAUGUUAUGCAAGUAAUUCAAACUAUGAAAUGGACAGGCAGAAGUCAACACACCGUGUCGGAUUGGUACAAUCUUUGCCGUGAUAUUUGUGUUGACCAAUUUGAAAAACGUACAAAAAUGGGUGGUGUAGGAUUCGUAGUGCAAAUAGACGAAUCUUUAUUUCAAGGCAAGCGGAAGUAUAACCGUGGUCGCCUACGUCUAGGAGAUCGUCAACCUAGAGAAGAAAUUGUAGAAUCAGGAUCUAGCAGUUCUGAUACUGAUACUGAAAUAACUAAUCGAAAUUACGGUGUACGCGUACGGGGGCCGUGGGUGUUUGGAAUGUGUUGUAGACGUGAUAAUAUAGUAGAACGUCGAUUGUUUAUCGUUCAAAAAAGAGACCGUGCCACUUUGCUUCCAAUUAUUAAAAGAGAAAUUGAGCCAGGGACGACCAUUUUUUCAGAUGAAUGGAAAGCUUACAGCUGUUUAAACGAUCAUGGAUAUAUCCACAAUACCGUAAAUCAUAAAAUUAAUUUCAUCGAUCCACAAACAGGAGCUGAAACUCAAACUAUGGAAUGUUAUUGGCGACAUAUAAAGGUGAAAUAUGGUAUAAAAUCGCAUGGUGCCACUAAUUUGCUGGAAAGGCAGCUUAAAGAAGAAUGGUGGCGCUCCAUAAACACAACAAAUACGUUUGAAACAUUUUUUAUUGAUAUGAAAAAUACUUUUCAACUUUAA